GAGUUGUACGAUGGCAGAAGGAUGGAGAGGACGUAUCUCUGGGCUGCUCCUCGUUUUCUCGGUGUUGGGGAGUGUUGGAGCUAGUAUUUCGGAUUUACGGUUAUGUGCAGACCCAGAAUGUAAAGAACGGAUAUCUAAAGCCAUCACAGUGAUUAGCUAUCCAAGCAAAGAUGAGUACAUACUGUCCUUCCCUGUCAAUACAGAAGUUACUGUGUUCAGUAAAGAAGCUGGUACAAACAAAGACCUUUGGGGAGUAGAGAUUAAAGGAAAGAGAGGGUAUGUCCCAAAAAGAUAUCUACGAGAAACAAAACUUUUUGUAAAGAAGCUGGAAUAUGAGGUGCCAACAGAACUAGGAGUAAAUGUGCCUGAUGCCCAAGAUAAUAAGCAGGUUGAAGAACAGAAAUCUGAUAACUUGAAUUUACAGCAUGAAGUUGAACAGCAAAAAGAUGAGCAAGUUGCAGAUCAGGUGGCUGCAAGUGCUGAGGAUAUAGAGUUUCAACGUGUGACAAAAGGCUUAAGUCAGGAAGAUGGACAAAAAGAAGAAAUACCAAAUGAAGAAGUUGUAGGUACAGAAGCGAAAAAUGUGGAAGAAGAAGCUCAGUCCCCCAAUGAAAAGUUAGAACAGGGAGAGGAGGUUGACAUAAAAGAUAAUUCCCCAAAAGAUGAACCAGCAUCAGAAGAUGGAGAAGGUGAAGAAAGUGAAUCUGAGGAAGUGGAGGAGGUGAAAGUGAAUGAACAAACAGGUGAUGAUAAUGUAGGGUCUGAAGAAGUGAAGGAUAGAAGUACUGAUGACAGUAUUUCUGUUGAGGAGGACCAAAAAGCAGUGGAUCUUGAAAUAAAACCAGAGAGUGUUGAAAGUACAGAUGAACGAAUUGACUCAGAAAAUGCUUCCCCACAGAAUAAGUUGGAGGAACAAGCUGAAAGUGAAAAGUGUCUGAUGGAGAGACAAAUCCACCAGAAACUAGCUCUCAGAAUGGGGAUAUGCCUUCCCCAACUCCCACACCAUCAUCACCUGAUUAUGAAGUUAUUGAUGGCACUACAAUAUAUUUUGAUGACCCACCACCUGCUGAAGUUCCAUCAGUUAUGGUGGAGUCAUCUGUUCACCUUGACUCUUCAUCUGUAGUAAAUGAGGAAUAUUCAUCUGUACAAACACCUCCCAUCGAAACAGAUACUUUCACUGUCACUGAUGUGAAUGCCAUUGAUGUAACUGAGCCGACAGUCACACAGAGUCUAGACAGUGCAACUUCUGACGAAUCAGAGUUGGAGAGUGAGACUAUAGUGCAUGAUUUAAAUCCAGACCCUACAGAGAGUGUAACACAACUUUUCACAGAUCAGAGUGAUAUUAUUUUAGAGGAUUCUAAACCAGAUAUCAGUCCUACUUCAUCAUCUUGGAUUGCUCAAGCUGCAACUUCAGUGACUUCUUGGUUUGGUGAAUCAGGUGAAGUGCAAGAAAAUCAUGAUUUAGAGAAGCAUGAAAAGUGAAGACAAAGAUGGAGAUGCUCAGUUACCAUUGCCUGAUUCGAAUGAAAAAGAUUUGAAAGAUGAAGAUAAAUCAGACUUCAUGGUACCAAAACCUGAGUCAAUCAUAGAGGAAGUAGUUGCUCAGGAACCUGAAGCAGAAGAGGAAAGUACAGGUUUCUUUUCAUCUUGGUUUGGAAGUGCUGAAGAUACUAAUGAGGAGUCUGAUAACCCCUCAACAGAAUCUGAUUUUACGGAAUCUGACGGAGCCUCCUCAGGAUAAAAGUGAUGUAAAGCUAAAUGUGGUUUCUAAGGAAGGAAGCCUAGUGGAGUCAGAACAAACUGCUGAUCCUGCUGUGUCUUCUGUGCCCUCUGAUGCUGAAAAUACCCUUGUAGAUCAGUAUGAGCCUCCUGCUUCUGAUGUAGAUGAUACAGCUUAUAAACCCCAUGCAGUACAAGAUGGCCCUCCCACAGUAGAGUCCAGUCCUGAUGCCACAGUUGUGCCUAGCCCUCAGGCAUUCACAGAUGACCUUACUUCAACAGAUGACACCCUUAUCCCUAGUGAUGCAUAUGAUAAUGCUGAAGAGGAUUCAGAUCAGAGUUCAGGUAUGGAUAUGUUGCUUGUUGGUGAUGGGCCUAAUAUAAGUGUAGGAAGUACUGGGAAUGUUGUAGAUAGUAGUGACAAACUAAAUGAAGAGAGCUUCGAAGGAGAAUUAGAAAUAGAAGCCACACAACUUCAUCCAAACAGUGUAGAGGAAACUAGUUCUAUUUCAGGUAAAGCAAAUGAAUUGCAUGAUACUGUGGAUAGUGAGAAUAGUGGGGGAAUGGCAGUUUCUAACUCUGGUAGUAAGAGGGAUAGUAGUAGAGAGCAUGAACCAUAUGGUUUACAUAUGGAAAAAGAAAGUAAGGAGAACGAGCAUGUGUUAGAGAGUAGCAAAAGCCUUCGUACUGUUCCAGCAAGAGAUGCUUUAGGAACCAGUGAAGAUACACAGGAUGAGUCUGAAGGUCAAGAUAUACCUACUGAAGGUGUAGAUAAUGAUAUUUCUUCCAAUAGCUCAUCUUCAAAUAAGACCUCAAGAAGGGAAAAAAGGUCUCAUAAGAACAAAACUGUGAAAAAUGAUCAAAGUAAAUUAGAAAAGAAAAUCAUUCCUUCAAAUGUAGUAUCAUCCAUUACAGAAAAUGUGAAUGUUUCUGCAAGUGACAGUAGCAGUAAUAGUGCUGGUGUUACUGGUGAGAGUGUGACUAACACUGACCUUAACAGUCAACCAACUGUAGAUACUGAAGCACAAAGUGUAGAAUCCCCUCUGUUGGUGUCCUCCGAAGUAGAAGAUAGUCCUUCAAGAGUUGAAGAUAGUCCUUCAGAGCUUGACGACGAGCAGGAAGAAUUAGGGCCCAGUACUGCACGGCCACUGUUUGCAGAACCAACUCCUAGUGUAGACCCUGAGAACUUAGCACAUCUCGCAGAUAGUGAAUCAGAAGCAAUGGAGAACUUACAGGAGGACAGCUCUGAGGAGGGAUCUAUUGCAGAAAACUUCUUGAAAACAACACAUGGCUUGCUUCCAGAAGGACUGGCCUUUGGUGUGGAAGCAGAGGUUGCUGAUCCACAUAUGUCCUCAGGAGCACUUGUAUUCCUGGGCAUAGUUGUAUGCACCAUUAUUACUAUUUAUAUCGUCCACCUGUUCAUGGUUAAAAUGUCCAGAGAAGCGCCAAUGUUGGAAGCCUUGAACCGCAUUGAUCGCGAAAAUCGUUUACUAAAUGAGGAGAACAAAUCUCUUCAUGAGCAAAUAUGCAAAGGCCGAAAAGAGUUGGAGGAAGUGGCAUUCAGACUUUCCCACUCCAGUGGAGAUAUGACUGAGCUAAACUCUGAACUUGAGCUUGUUAAGAGUAAUUACACUAGUGAUAAAGAACAACUUGAGGAAAGAAUAAUGCAGCUGGAGCAUGAACUUGAGGAAGCCACAACAAAUGGUCUGGAGAUGCAUAAGAUGUUGUCAGAAAUGCUCUCAACCCAGAGUGAUGCAACAGCUUUUCAGGCAUCUGUUGACCACCUGCAGUCUAUGUUAGAUGGACAGCGGGAGAAAGUGGAGACUCUUACUUCUGACUUAGCCUUGAAAACUCGACUGAAUGAAGAACUGCACACAGAACUUGCUGCUGCAAGAGAACGGGCCAACAAACUGGAUUACCAGGUUGAACAGCUAACACACUCCUUGGAGGAGUUGACAGGGGCCAAGGCAGAAACUAUCCAAAAACUACAGGAAGAGGCCAAUCUUGUUCAAGAAUUGAAGAAAACAAAUGAGAUGCUAACAGAACAAACAAGCAACUAUGACUCCAAAGUGGAAACCUUGACCAAAGACCUCGAGGAACAGCGGGACACUAUCUCCAAGUUAAGAGAAGCUAUUGAAACAAAGGAGUCAGAAUUGCAGGUCUCAAAGGAAUGUUUGAAGCAGCUGCGACUGACAUCAGAUGAUGACCAUGCUACCCCAGAUGAAGAAAAAUUAUCAGCUAUAUUUGAUGUCAUUAGGGUGAAAGCAGAACUGCAGAAGGUUACAAAUGAACGUAAUGACUUACAAGAGCAAUUGGAAGAUGCAGAAAUAGCUCAGAAGAACUUGGAGGAAGCCAUGGCUUCAAUCCGAUCUGAAGUAGCAGGUAUAAGAGACCAUCAUGAUCUUGCUGUCAAGGAGAAGGAAGAAGCAUUGAGUAAAUUGGCUGUGUUGUCUCAGUACUUUGAGGAGAAGGAGGCACAACUCACCAAGGAAUUGGAAUCACAAGAGGGUUUGAGAGUUGAUGCUGAAGGCUCUGCAGCUGCCGUUGCAAAGAAGAUUCAGAAUUAUGAACUGGAAAUAGCCUCGUACAAAACACAACUGGAUAGUCUGCGUAAGGAACUCGAGGACCAAGAACAGUCCUACAAGUCUCAGAUUGCCAGUCAUGAACAAAAGGCUCAUGAUAAUUGGGUGCAGGCCAGGGCAGCUGAACGGAAACAUGAGGAACAAAGGCUGGAGAAUAAUCAGUUGAAGAGUCGCCUUGCCAUGAUGCAAAAAGAGAAGGAAGAAUCACAGCAGCAGUCCAUUGGCAUUAUAAAGCCUACAGCUAAACGUGUAGAUGCUAAUGGUUCAAUGUCAUCCCCUGGACCCAUUUCGGAUGGUAUGGUGGAUGGGAAUCAUUCAGGCCCUCCAUCUCUCCAUCGUGAAGUAGACUCUCCGCCCAUUCCUCCUCAUCCCUUACAUGGUCCACCUCCUAUGUUGCCAAUGAUGUUCCCCCCAGGAGUGCCUCCACCCCAUGGCUUGCCACCUGGAGUUCCACCACCCCCACCUGGCCUACCCCAUGGCUUGCCUCCUCCAUUCCUCCCAGGAGAACCUCCAUUUAUGGGACCUUUACCUCCUCUCCCAGGGGGCCGUCUCCCACCUGCAGGUGGGAUGUCUUCCCCUCCAUUCCGUAGAUCAGGAUCUCCAUCAUAUGAACAUCGAAAUGAUCGUUAUUCUCCCCGAAGUGAUAGAUCACAUUUCUCAGAUGGGAGGUAUUCACCCCCAAUAUUGCGCCGUAGACCACCUUCUCCCGAUUCACACCGGAACCGCUCUCCAGAUAGAAGAUCUGACCGUACAAGAUCCCCUGACAUGCGUUCUGACAGAAUGAGAAGAUCACCAGAUUCUCGAGGAGACCGCCGCUCGCCCGACCGUAGAUCAGGUAGACGCUCUCCAGACAGACGCUUCGCAAGAUCACCUGAUGGUUAUGUUCGGCAUAGAUCUCCCCCACGUCAUUUUUAUGAUGACCCUGAAUAUAAUGAUGAUCCAAGGUUACAUUCACAUCUAAAAGGAAAGAAGACCUCCACACCAGUGGGACCCAGUGAUCGAUGAAGGAAAGAAGAUAGCAGCUGAUUCAUCUGGGUAUCCUCAACAUUCUCCUUAAAUAUGGUUGAUUUUUUGUUUAUUUACUUAUUUUUGUGUUUAUGGUUUCUAUAAAUAUUUAUUUUUAAAUUAUCUUUGUUUUGCCCUUUUUUUUCUCUCUCUCUCUGUAAUGAAACAUAUUUGUGGUGCUGAUGCUAAGUACCCAGACUUGUCCAUGUGAUACCAUGUAACCAAAUGAAAAUUGUUAUUGCCAUCAUUGUCAGCUUUGAAUGCAAAGAGUCAUCAUCUCAGUAAUCAUGUGUGCUGCCAGUUAAAUGUGUGAAAGAUUUGUUACUUGUUGUUUUUUAUAUUUAUGAUUGUAAAUUGGUUUGCUGACAUAUAUCCCUUAACAAUUUAUUACAAUAUUGAGAUACAUCUGUCUGGAAUGUAUGUUUCAAAACAAAAGUUAUAUUGUAUAUGAGUGAAAUAUAGUGCUGAAGAUGUUUGGAUUCUUGACGAAGCUAAUGGACUGAAUUUGGUUGAGUCACAUUCAUCAAUAUUGGUUCAAAUACAGUUGUCAGCCAGCCUUAUUGGCAAGUCUGUUAGGAAAAGGAAAGCUAGUGAUAUAUGUCUGUAUCAGCACCUAGUUUUAUUUUAAAUAGACAUGUGGAUGCAGUAAUAAUUAAGCAAAGUCCAUACCUGUUUUAUAGUGACUCAUAUAUUGGUUGGACAGAUUUCUAUGGGAAUGUAUGCCAUCUGAAAGUAUUGUUUCAUUCUCAAAAAUGAGACAUUCUUUUUGAUGAGAAAAUAGACUGUCUAGGAUGAAAGUAAGAAUGCCAUCAAAUUGUACAUUUGUAAUUUUAUUCUGUAUAUUUGUGGAAAGAUUUUUUUACUUAAAUACAGUCUGUAACCUCUGUGAUCAUAAGACAUUAGAUGGUGAAGUAACUAGUAUAGAGAGCAGGUAGCAGGUGCUGUCUUAUCGUAGGUGCAAUUGUCCACUUGUACCAUCUACAUAUAAUGGAAAUGAUUUAAUAAACUUGUAUUAAAAGGCC